AAAUUGACUAAUCUGUAUAUUUCUUGGGAGGUUUUCUUUCUUUCAAAAGGGACAAGAGUAUUUUCAUCUGGGUUUUUCUCAAAAUUUGAUCUUGUUCACAUUUUCUUAGGAUUUUUCUUCCUCAUUCCUUUGUGGGUUCUUCUCAAAGUUUGAUCCUUUGGGGUGGGUUAGGAUGGAGGAGAGGUAUGAACCAUUGAAGGAGCUUGGUGCAGGGAAUUUUGGAGUGGCCAGGCUGGUCAGGGAUAAGAAAACUAAGGAGCUUGUUGCCGUCAAGUACAUAGAAAGAGGGAAGAAGAUUGAUGAAAAUGUUCAAAGGGAAAUCACUAACCAUAGAUCUCUAAGGCAUCCAAACAUUGUCAGGUUCAAAGAGAUUUGUCUGACUCCAACACACUUAGCCAUUGUCAUGGAGUACGCUGCAGGUGGUGAACUCUUUGAGAGAAUAUGCAGUGCUGGUAGAUUUAGUGAAGAUGAGGCAAGAUUUUUCUUCCAGCAGCUAAUAUCAGGGGUCAGUUACUGCCACUCCAUGCAAAUUUGUCACAGAGAUCUGAAACUGGAAAACACUCUCCUAGAUGGAAGUCCAACUCCACGACUCAAAAUAUGUGACUUUGGUUACUCCAAGUCUGCUAUCUUGCAUUCACAACCCAAAUCAGCUGUUGGAACCCCGGCUUACAUUGCUCCUGAAGUCCUAUCUAGAAAGGAAUAUGAUGGGAAGAUUGCAGAUGUGUGGUCAUGUGGUGUAACACUCUAUGUGAUGUUAAUUGGAGCAUACCCCUUUGAGGAUCCUGAAGAUCCUAAAAAUUUCCGUAAGACCAUUGGGAGAAUAAUAGGCGUCCAAUACUCAAUACCUGAUUAUGUACACAUGUCUGCUGAGUGCAGACACCUCCUUUCUCAUAUCUUUGUUGCCAAUCCUGCGAAGAGGAUUACCAUCCCGGAGAUCAAGCAGCAUCCUUGGUUCUUGAAGAAUUUGCCCAAAGAGCUAGUUGACAUUGAGAACACAAACUAUGCAGAGUCAGCAUGCGAUCAACCAUCUCAAAGUAUCGAAGAAAUAAUGUGUAUCAUAAAAGAGGCGCAGAUGCCUGCUGAAGGGCCCAAAGUUGGUGAGCAAGCUGUUCCUGGGGCAUCAGACCUCGAAGACAUAGAGGCAGACAUAGAAUCUGAGGUUGAUGUCAGUGGUGACUUCGACAACCACCUGUGAGCAUGGCCUUAAUUCAAGGAUUUGCAUCUCAGGCUAUAGAUUUGUGUUAUAUCUGACAAACUUAAUGAUAAUAUGCAUUCAUGAUGUUGUCAAUGCUGUAUACUAGGACCAUAUUGGAUGAUAUUGCCUUCAUUGCUUCCAGUUAUAUGCCCUUUUUGAGUGUCCCUUGUCAAGGGAGGUCUUGUACUUGGUAUUUGCAUAUGAGAUUUGUCAUUUUUGGAUGAGUGCUUCAAUUUUUU